AUGAAAGAAUCAAGGAGACAACAACUUGCCCUUGGGCAAGGCGUAGGCCACAGGGCUAUCGGGAUCGAGAACUUGUCAGGGCAUGCUCUACAAUGCGGGAAUCGCCUGUUUAUGAACUGGAGUAUUCCUGCUGCUGUGGUGCGAUUCUUGAAAUCGAAGGCCACAGAACAUGUCUCGCCUUACGCUGAAGGAACCCCAAUGAGUGGCGUUGAAGUCUGUACCCCAAAGACAGCGCCAUCGCCGAAACAGGCUCCAUCGCCUCUUACCAAUUCGAAUUCAAAUAAUGGUCAUUCCAGCAUGAUGUUACUUGGUCAGGAUAGUCUAAAACUCAGCAGGGUGCACACUUUCAUUGGAAAAGAACAUAUGGCUCUCGUGAAUAGGAUGAGUGUACAAGAACAAACUGUUACCACUGACUGGUUACACCUCUGGCUAUUUGCGUUCCGAACCGCGAGGACUUGGGGUCGCGGGCCACGCGUGUGGGAUUCCAGCAAUCUCAAUUUCGAACGAUUCGUUCAAGGAUCUUCCCAGAACUCGGUUGAUACCCCUGGCGGCCCGAUGGUGGGUUCUCCUUAUUCUCAGUCGUCUCACCAAAGCCCCAGACAAAGGGUCAGCCAAGGUGCCAACAUCUCCAACCCGGAUUCCAAGUGCAGAUGGAGUAUCCAUGUUUGUGAAAUAGAAUACGACAUACAGAAUUCCCCUAUAGCAUCAAAUGAUGAAGUUAUUGACCUGGGCGACGAGGGAGGCUGGAAACCUUGGCCUCGGCAACAAAUUAUCUCUGGUUUUGCUGAUUUGCUGAAGAAGAAUAUCGAAAGUAACGACUUCAGUAAUGGUGAGAUCACGGAUCUUCCAAUCAACACCAACCAGAUAAUUAAAGCGAUGAAGAGAUCGCCGGGACAACUAUUGGUAGAAGCCUUUGGUUUUAGCAUCAUGGCACGAAUGGUCGACGAGGCAUUCAAGAAAGAAACUCGAUUCUCGGGAGAAGAAGUAGAUAUUUGUGGCCGAUUCGACGCCGACUCAGAUUGCAUCCGGCAACUACAAGCCUCUGGUAGCCCCACGAUAUCGCAAACCUGGAAACACAUGUUCUGCCAUACAUCUGCCCAAGUCAUCACACACUGCAUUGGAACUCUCUUUAAACCCCAUUGGGCCCCUGAUAUCAAUACACCUAGCGGGAUUUUUCUUAAGAGGUGCGGCAAUGAAACCUGCGGACUCAAAAUGCAACUUAAGCCUCUUCAUACUUUGGUCGUCACGGCAGUGUAUCUAGCGGAGUUGGGGAUUGACGGAGAAAAUCGGUUUGCAUUUACACCGACAUUAUUGAAGGCAUUGAGGAGGACAAUAUUGGCGAAGAAAAUCAUGAGGGUGGAUGACGAAGAGGCUGAGAAUCAUGAGGAUGAUGAGGAAGAGUCUGAAGAGCGCUAUUACGAGGAAGAGCAUGGGUACAAUCUACCCGCUAUGUGCCCCGAACACUUGGAAUCGUCUUACCAGCGCAACUACUUCCGCAAGAACAAGUACUUGGCGACUUUGUGUGCGGCGGUGCAAACAGAAUUGGUCACAUAUCGUCGAAUCGAGGAAGGAGACCCCUGGAUCUCUGAGAACUUCAACCUAUUGUCGGUGCUUAAAAGCUUAGAGACAGAGACUGAGCUGCAGAUUGGGCUAGUAUCCAACAAAAUGAUGAACGUUUUCUGUAGAUGUGGGAUUUUUUACCGCUCUGAUGAUGUUGUAUGUUUACGUGUCGAGGAAGCUUCUGCAUAUUACUUCUCAAAUCUGGAAGAUUGGGACAGGACAAGCUUUUUGUCAUCUUAUUUCGACCGUUGGGACGAGUACUGA